GUUUAGCGGCACAUAUCACUAGAAGUCUAGUCAGUAAUCGAUGAUUUGUGAAAACAAACUUGAGUGAGUGACCGAAUUCGACUGAACCAGUGAAAGAGGACAUUCGUGAUGCUGCGGCGUUUAAAAGCGCAAGUUAGCCAAGUCGCAAAUGAGUUGCCCGGUGUACUUUCUCCUUCUGCUCGUGAGAAUCGCGACGACUCCUCAUUUUUCUUGGCCUCUGAUACUAGCCAAAAUAAUGUCGACGAUGAGAUUGAGGGAUUUCUUUGUCCAAUAUGCAUGGUCCAUUACAACUCUCCUGAGUCGCUCUCGGAGCAUUUUGAGGAGGCCCACAAUAAGGAUAUAUCAUUAGUCAACCCAAAUUUUGACAGCGCUACCACUAUCUCAUCUAACUCCAUAGGAACGAGUCCUGGAUCAUUUUCGUCGAAGGACAAAGAAAUAGAAGAAUUGAGACUGCAGAUCAAAGAGGAACACACUUAUGCGGAGAAACUCAAGGAAGAACUGGACCGUAUUCAAUCUGUGGUUGCUCAAGCAACGGAUGUUCCGCAGGGUGAAGUGCCAUACUUGAUGCAGCAAAUUCAAGUGUUAGAAGCUGGAAAAAGCAUGGUAACUCAGCGCAUGCUAGAAUUUGAGAAAGAAAACGGACAGCUCAAAAGGUCUGUGGAAAACGGCAAACAAGAAAGAACUGAAAUCAUGACUAAGCUGAAGCAGCUGAGUGGUCAAAUCAGAACUCUGACGGAUGAAAAUGAAGGAAUCAAGGUUGAAAAGGAGGUCACUAGCAAAGAGCUCGCGAAGUUCAAGACGGAUAAUGAGAAACUGGAGAAGGAGUUGGAUAUGCUGCAUAAAACUUUAGAUCAAAGACCUAGUGAAGAUGAUGUGGCGGUGUUACGCACCGAAUUGGUUCAUGCUCAGAAACUUAUGGAUGAGAUCUCCCAGCAGAAAGAUGUCGAGAUUAACGAGUACAUAAAUUCAGUCCGCCAGUUGAAUAUGGAGAGGGAAAAGCAGAAGUGCGUCGUAGAUAAUCUCCAGAAGCAACUCGCCGACACUAGUGGGACUUCGAAAGAGUCUGCUGAAAAAAUCCGUGCUUUGGUCACUGAGUUAGAGGACACAAGGCAGUUGUUGACAACUUGUCAAAAAGAUCUUGAAGAUGCAAAAGGUGAUGCUGUGCAAAAGGGGAAGCGUGUGGAAGAACUUCACGGAAAAAUCGAAGCAAACCUCACUGAACUUACUGCUUGUCGUGAUAAAAUUGCUCAGCUGGAGGAGACCGUACGCGUUAGUGCUCGUGAGAUAAAUGACUCGCAUGCGAUGAACGAAAGCAACCUCACCAAGCUUACCCAACUUAGCGACAAACUUGAACAGAUGAUCGAAGAGAAGAAACGAUACGAGGUGGAAAUGUCCAAGUUCGAAGAGAAAAACGAUGUACAAUCUAACAGUAUCAGAAGUCUGGAAUUAUCGAAUAUGGAUCUGACGAACGAACUAUCCUCGCUGGGCUCUUUACUUGAGCAUGAACGACAGUUGAUCAACGAGAAGAACACCCUCAUUGCAUCAAAAGAUCAAGAGCUGUUUUCUAUGCGCGAAGAACUGGAGAAAGCACGCAUUGAAAAUGAAAAACUAUCUGGUCAGUGUGCGUCAAAAUCGGCUGAGAUAGAGUCCAUAUCGAAACAAGUGAUUCUUCUGCAAGAAAGCUCUAAGGAACUCAUGCAAAAGGUUUCUGAAGGAGAAGGCGGAGCUAAAAUGGCACUGGAGCAGCUGAGCGAAGAAAAGAAAAAAUUGCAAGAGAAGGUUGUGCAGCUCACCAACAGUCUCAAUGAGGAGAAGAGCAACUUUCUGGAGAAGACCAAUGAGCAAGAAAAAGCAUUCCGCGAGGAAAAGAGAGCAGCUGCGGAAAAGCUGAAAAAGGUUGAAGAUCAAAGGGAGGAGCUAGAAAGAAGGUUGCGCGAAGCUGAGGAUGAUAAUAAUCGAAAGGCGGAAAGAUUUGUUGAAAUGGAGAAGGAGAUAGAUGAAGAAAGGCGGAAGUCAAAUGAUCGUGUAAAUAAACUCAAAGAGGUUAUUCGUAUGAAAGAAGCAAGUGCACUGGAAUCAAGAAAGCAGUUUGAUGAGCUAUCCGCUCAGUUAUCCGAUAGGAAUCGCAUUCUUCGAGAAAAAGAACGACAGAUUGAAGAAAAUCGACAUAAAAUAGAAGAGUCUGUCAGGCAUAUUUCGGAAGCGGAAAUGAAAGCUAGGAAACUGGAAGCAGAACUCUCACAAAGUGAAGCGCAACGGGUAGCUGUAUCAGACUCUGAAUCCGAGUUGCGUAAUAGACUCAGCGAACAUGAGUCGAUGCUGGUUACUCUGAAACAGCAAGUAGAGAAAUUGACGGCUGAACUAAAUGCAAAAGACCAAGCUCUGCAGGAUGCGAUGAAGGAAGCGAGUGAAAAGGAGGAGCACUGGAAGAAGAAGCGUGAAGAGUUUGAACGCCAGAUUGAGAAUGAUCACAAACACAACGAAGAUCUUUUGAAAACUACGAAAGAACUGCAAAGCUCUUUAGAUUCUGAGAAGGAGGAGAGCAUGGCGAGAAAGGCGAAAAUCGAGGAACUGACUUUGCGGACAAAUGAAGCAUCCACUCGUAUAGCUGAACUGGAAAAGGAAGCCGAAGAAAAUCAGAAAAAACUCAAGAUCCUUGAGGAGUCUGUGGAAAGCCUGAGUAAGCAGCUGCUGGAGGAGAAGGGACGGUCCACUGAGUUACAGAAGAAAUAUGAAGAUGAAGUUGUCAUGUUGAAGUCGGUUGAGAACGCCUUGUGCGAUUCUAAAAUUGAACUCGACUCGUUCAAGAGCAGCGCUGACACGAAACAAGCGGAACUGGAGUCUCUCGUUCAACAGUCAGAGUCCAAAAUCUCAGAGCUGGUCGCGGCUGUGGAGGCGAAGGAGCAAGAGCUUCUCCAUUUGACCAAUGCUAAUUCUCGACUACUGGAAGAUCUUUCGGAGAAGACGAAAGAACUGGAUGGUUUCACCGACCGCAUGACCAAGUUCGAAAGCGAACUAGCUGAUGAGCGUCGGAAGUAUGAAGCGCUGGAAGCCGAACGACAAGUAGCUGCUGAAGAGUGCGUUCUGCUGCGAACGCAGAACACUGAAGUGUCGAAAGCAUCGAGCGAAACCAUAGAACAGCUGAAAAAGGAAGCCGAGGUAUUACGCGACAGUGUUCUAGCCAAGGAAGAGGAGCUGAAAAAUAUGAAAGCGAGGUGCACUCAGUUCGAACAGCUUGCUAAAGAUAUACAGUUUUCAAUGGAUCGUGAACUGUCCGCCAAAACAGCGGAAAUAGAACGAUUACAUUCCACCGCAGCCGAGCUAGAGGCAGCUGCUGCCGCAAAAGAAUCUUCAUUGAGCCAGGAAAUUUCUGCUCUGAAGAGAUCGAUAAAGGCUGUUCAGUCCGAGUUGGACGAGCAGGUUCGAAUUUCUGCUGAAGCGGCGAAAACGGCGGAAGAACUCACCACUGCAAACAUGGAGCUGUCGAGGAAGAUCUCGUCAUGGGAGGAAGAGAAGAAUGCGCUCAUUGAGAGAUGUCUGAACACCGAAAGUGAUCUGGACUUUGAACGGGAUCGUGCGUUGGAAAACAAGCGACGCUUCGAUGAAGCACUGUCAGCAAUGCAUGAGUUGGGAAGGGCAAACCAGUCACUGCAGAUGGAUAUAUCUAAGCAUACGUCGCGGACAUGGUUAGAUGACUCUGCUGCAGUGAAUUGCACCAAUUGCGGCAAACUAUUUAGUCUUACCGUUCGAAAACACCAUUGUCGUGUUUGUGGUCUGAUCUUUUGUGGACCAUGCAGCUCGAAGACUGCCCAGAUUGCUAGUCACAAAAACCCUGUGAGAGUAUGUGACAGUUGCCAUACGGAGGUUCAAAACAGGUAGAAAGAGGCUGGUUCGGAAUUUUCAGUGGUGCUCACAUAGACUUAAUACUAAACGUUGGUACUUGGAAAUAUCAUCUGUCACUUCUUCAUCUUCUUGACUGUGUUCAGUUGUGCUCUGCAUGUGUAAUAUCUCAUUAUGUGAUUCUGAUAUCAGCGAUAAAUUCUCCAUACACUUCUGCCCAUUUGUGAUGUAAACUACUUCUUACUCUAUCCUCAUCAUCGGUGCAUUGUUACAUUUAGAAUUUAUUGAAUCUAGAGAGUGAUACAUAUUGUGAUAUUCAAUAUUUGUGGUAGGCCCUUUUGCAUUUGACCUGAGUCGAGUGUCGAUUUACUCCCUUACUAAAGUCGAACUUACUAGACUCUGAUUGUCAAAUUCUUCAAGUGUUUCAUCACCGUCUAAUCUGCCUUUUGCCAUAAUUUAUUGUAAAGUUGAAAGAGUUUUUCAUAAAUAUAUCUAUUUU